CGCGCUUUGUUGUCCCCGGCGCCGGAGCAGAAGAUCUGCUCUACAAUGCCGGAGCCACCGUCGGCGUUCUUGGCGGCGGUUACGCCCUCGUCCGUGCCUUUGACGAACUCACUCGGAGAAACAUCCUCCAACAGGACUUCGACUCCUUAAGCAUGUGAUUAAGACUUUGAAUCCGACGGGUGCAUAUAGAGAAAUCAUUAAUCAUUGUUGGGAGGUGAUUAGUUCCCCUAUGACUGGCAUUGAAAUUGUUGUGGCAGUCAUUCCAAUCGAAAUUUAAGUAUAAGUAACAAAAUGUAUCCUUUUGCAAACCUAGGAUGUUUAUCUGCUGGUUUCAAUUUGUGUUUUGGUUCUUGUUUUUUGAUUUGUGUGUUGGUGCUAGGCUAUGAUGUGACUGACUCACUGGGUUUGCGAAAAUUGAUUGGGCAGGGUCUGAGCAGAAAGCUGGUCCAUAUAUUAUCUGGCUUGCUUUUUCUGGUUUCUUGGCCUAUUUUCAGCAACUCCCCUAAGGCUCGCUACUUUGCCGCUUUUGUUCCUCUCGUCAAUUGCUUGAGGCUUUUGGUCAAUGGUCUCUCACUGGCUUCUGAUGAGGGACUCAUCAAAUCCGUCACCAGAGAAGGAGAUCCACUAGAAUUGCUAAGGGGUCCCCUUUAUUAUGUUCUGAUACUGAUUUUAUCUGCUCUUGUGUUCUGGCGUGAGUCUCCAAUUGGUGUGAUCUCCUUGGCAAUGAUGUGUGCAGGGGAUGGCAUAGCUGAUAUCAUUGGUAGAAGAUAUGGGUCCAUGAAGAUUCCCUACAAUGAACAUAAGAGUUUAGCCGGUAGCAUGUCUAUGCUUGUCUUUGGAUUCUUGGUUUCAAUAGGGAUGCUCUACUACUAUUCAGUUUUAGGACAUGUGCAGUUGGAUUGGGCAAGCACUCUGCCCAGAGUUGCUUUUAUUUCUUUCGUGGCAACAUUGGUGGAGUCUCUUCCCAUUACUAAGGUAGUAGAUGACAACAUUUCUGUUCCACUAGCUACCAUGGCAGUGGCAUUUUUCACUUUCCAUCAUUAACUCUUAGGAGUCUACCUAGUUCCCCUGUAAUGUCUUACUUGCCUUCCCUAUCCAAUUUUUUCCUGCUAGUGCGACAAUAUGAAAUUUAGUUUGUUCCUUGUAAAGAAAUUAGUGAAAAUUUUAUAGCAUAAA